AUGGAUGGAAAGACGUGCUCAAAUUGGGACACGCUAAGUUUCAUCACCGAAUGUGAAGAUGAUGGUGCGGGUGGAAAUAAAACCAUGUGCGCAAAGAUUGAGCAAUUCACAGAGGGAAGAAAACGAGUGAUUCGCAAGUGCAGCACAGCGGACACCGAACCGGGCUGCAUACGGAGAAUUGCGUCCGACAACAUGCCAAUCAGACAUUGCCACUGCAGAGAGCCCCUGUGCAAUCCCGCUUCGCACCCCACUCUGAGUCCCUCGUUGAUUGCGUCGACCCUCAUUUGUCUUCUUGGCGCGUCGCUGUGGAUGUAA